UUAUAUUUGAUUGCACUAUAUAAAUAAUUUCUAUAGUUGGUCUUUUUUAAAUUUGAUCAUAUCAAAUAACAUUGUUAGGAUAAUUUAACCUUCCAAUGCUUCAUAAAAAAUUAUACAGUCCAAUACCAUGGAUAGAAGUGAAAAGAUUUCAAUUUAAGUGAAAUGGCUUACAGCGGAACAAGUAGUCUUCCACACAACAAAACAACGGUGCUUUAUGCAUAUACACCAUACGACUAUGGUCCAUUGAACAUAAUUGGCGUAGGUCAUAUCCAGAAUUUUGUUGGUGGCUCGUACUAUGUCACAACACCAAAAGAAAAAGUCACCCUAUACAGAGUCUAUGGUGGUAAUGCUGGCCAGUAUGGACAGUACUGGACCACCCAGCCUCCGACAGGAAAUGAAAGUUAUCGAUGGGAUGCAGCAGCCCUGCCACAGUGGAACACAAUGGAUCAAACAUCUACACUUGUGGUGCCUGAGGGAGUUUACCUGUAUGAGGGGAGAGUAACUCAUCAAGCACAUUAUCUUGGCGGAGGCUGGCAAGUUUUCAUUCCAUGGGAAAUCGUGAACUUACUUGCAGAGAUUCAACCUCACAGAAUGAUUGAAAAUGGUUUUAAUCCAAGCAUCAUCAAUAGGAUAAUUGAACAAAUAAACAGUACCCAAAAGAGAACCAUGGAACAGUACAGCAAGACGAUGAAUGAGCUCCUACAAGGGCAAGCGCUUAAUCACGGCAGUGAACUUGGCAGCAUACCACCUAAUAUUAGGAAUUUCAUACAAAGUCAAGGUGGCCACUCAAAUUCCUCUCAAGGCAUUCAAACCGGCAGGUAUGUUGUUCACAGGGACAGUAUACCUGUCAGAGGAGGUGGACGCAGAAACAUCACAGUAUCCGUCAGAAUCGAAUUUGACCAUAGCGAGACACGCAAAUAUCAAUCAGGACAGACCAUUGUAACUGAGACAACACACUACUACAAUCGAAUAACAGAAAUCAAUUAGACUUACUCUUAAAAUGACACAAUUAAAGAUACUGUAUUGCAGCUCUGUCAAAAAGGUAAUAUAUGGAGAAAGAGCUCAACAGGAAUGUGUCUACAUGUAGUAGAAAUAAACUUAGAAAUCAU